CGCCAAAGCUCAAUCAGAGUCCCGGCCACCCAACUCCAGAAUCUCUAAGACGAACGCCAUGUCUCAACCCGAUCCGCUCAGCUGGACUCUGUUGUUCAAGAAGCACAGAACGACCGUGCUUCUGAUGCUCCCUCCAUCCGAAACGGUCGCCGCCGCCAAAAAUGCACUACUCCGAUCCCUUCAAGCUCGCGGCCUGACCGAUAUCAACGGGGAUGUCAUUCCAGUAAACGCUUCUGACAUUGAACUUGGGAUUCCGGUAGACAGGAAUGAUCUGGAGAAGGGCUGGACAAGACUUGAGGCUGAUGACCCCGACUUCAAUGUCGCUGAUGCGCCCAAACGAGGAGCCGGAAAGAAGGCAGCCGGCUCGCUCACCCUGUUAGCUGCCGAUCUCAAGAAUGGUCAAUCGAUCGCCUUCAGGUUUCAGAAGAGUACAGGAGAGGAGUCUGAGAAGAACGAAGAGUUGGCAGAUCAAGACUUAGAAGAUCCAGGCUGGGAUGUUGUCCUCCCAGCCUUUGAAGACGAAGAAGAGGAUCAAAAUUAAUUGCCAUGUCUGAUUGACGUUGGUUGCAUAUGGAAACCCAAGUAUAUUGCACGCUUCCUCACACCGGAUAAGCCAGUCAUGCUCAAGUCAGAUGACGGACAGUCCAGAGAUCUCAGUUAUAUUGCGAUCUUAGGCCAGGGUUGUUACCAAGUCUUAAACAACAAGCCUAUCUAGAUCGCGUAGCCCAUCUCGUUGGAGAGCAGACGGCUUUAGUGAGUUUUCGCGGACAUUGCUUCAAUCCUUUUUAUCUGACUAGGG